CGCUACACAUACCUCGCCACGCUUUCCUCCGUUCACACGGUAUCGACCACAGCCACCAUAGUUACCUUGCCUUUCGUCUUCCAUCGGCGCUGCUUCCUGGUGUUGUUACCGCAUCGAAGAUCACCACUUUCUUCUUCGCUCACUUCAUUACAGCGCUCCAAAGUUUGAAGCCCUAGUUUUCCCAAUUGAAGCUUCGAUUACGUAAUCACUUCCCUAAAAUUUGAUUAAGGUGAUUCUGAACCUACAAAGAUGUUUGACAGAACAACUAAUCUAUCAAACAAUCAGAUAAUCAACUAUAGAUGUGAUCCAUCUGAGAAAUGGUUGAUUGGAAUUUCCCCUGCUCACCAGAGAUACUUCAGCUAGUAAAAGGAAACAUGCAGCUUUUUUCAAUUGAUCAGCAGCGAAGUCAAGCUCUUGAAGCACAUGUAGAAUCAUGUGUCUCUUUUAAAGUUACUGGCAAUGAUAAUCCUUCAAUUCUUAUUACUUUUGCAACAAAAAGCUCUAAUGCUGGACAAGUUACUUCAAGCUUCAUGAAACCCCUCAUUCAAGAAAACCUUUUCUUUCCUCCCGACUUUCAAGAUGAUUUUCCAGUUACCAUGCAGAUAAUACUCCUUCCUGUCUAUCAUGGUUGAUCAGGAAAACUAUAUUUUAAGAUGAAGGCUGCAGUAAAAGUUGGAAGAUUUCUUACACUUGAGAUCUUAUGAACACAUCUAUGGCCUCCAAUUGGCUUUUGCUGGUUCAACCCUUGGCCCUUCCACAUCUAUCUGAGGAACACGAGGGUGCCUCAAUGAAAAGCUUGGCCUCUGUUCCUUAUGUUAAACUUGAAAAUGGAUCUACCAUUGAAGCAAAUUUGGUAACUUUACGAUUACAUGAAAGGGAAGUGCAUUUUUAAGCUUAUAAAAUAUACUCUUGUCACAACUGACAAGUAAUUUGUAUGAUACAUUCAUUACAUUGAUAUACAUUUGUGAUGGGGGCUCCGUGGUGAGAUCAAAGAGGAUGGAAAGUAAAAGGGUGCAAUUGUAUGACUACAGAUGUUCCAGCAUUUUCGAGGAUGUUAUGUAUGAGUUUCAAAGAGGGGUUAAAAGUUUCCAAAUUGAUGAUGACCAAAAUACUGGUUAUGAAGGAGAAAAGAUUUCACUGGUACUAGAAAAAACUGCAUAACCAGAAGUUAUAAAGGCUGAAAAGACUUCAGAACAACUCACUUUAUUUGCAUCUUAUCAAGCAAAAAUCAAGGCACAGAGGCAGUUAGAGAUGCAAAAGUCAGUUAAAAAGGCCUUAGAGGAA